AUGGCGCAGAACGAAUCUACCAAGAAGUCGGCCCUCGAGGUCGAGCCAGGUCCACCGGCAUGCGACGUUGCUGCAGAAAGAUCUCCGGCAAAGGAUGGUGAAACUUCACCUGACGACAUAAAUGUCAGCACGGAGUUGAAUCAUGACAUGUCGUAUGCAGCUUCGGUAAAUGCAAGCGAGUCUGAGCAACAGCUCGCGUUGUAUUUUCCUCUAGACUUUCUGCAGCCAUACGGUGUCUAUCGCGUGGAGACGACUUAUGGAAAGGUGAUGUUUUCGCCUACGGACGCGAUGAAGAAUCUGAUGAACAGGAUUCUGCACGCCGAUCGGACAGCAAAAAGCCAGCCGCAGGAGAGACUCGAUCAGUACAAGAAAACAGCUCAAAAAAUAGGAUGGCACAUGGAUGAGUCUGAUGGCAUGGAUUCGGUCAAGCCCCAGCUAUUCGCCAUAUUCUGUGCGUUCGAGGAAUCUCCUGAUACUUUUAACAAGCAAAUCGUAGAUAUUGAUGACCUCACACUAUCUCCACGGCAUAUGUUGCAUGUCGCGUCCAACGAACCCUUCAACUUAUGUCCCGACGCUGUCAUGAUCAACAUGGAACCCAAUCUGAUCUCUCGCUCUUCCAAGUUCGCUACAGCGACUAGCUAUCGAUAUAGCCUCUGUCCGUUGGAAGAAUAUUCCAGGAAAAAAUCUAUCCUCGUGCAUGCUAUCACAUAUAAGCGAUUCCCAGAGGUUCCCCAAAAGCCGUUCCGUCAAUGUCUCAGCUACAUCGGCGCAAGCCUCCGAAUCUCUGCAGAACUCGCCGAAGAGGCAGGGAUUGAUCUAAAAGAAGACCCAAUUCCGGCCUGUGUGGCCAUCGAGUAUCGUGCUUUCAUGUGGCACUUUACCGUGGUGGCACUCGUCGAGGACCCGUCCCAUGGCAAAAUCAUACUCUUCGAAGAGGUUCCCGGUGUAAAUAUGAGCCCCAGGCGGCCCGCAGAGCUCUGUUCUCUGAUCGAAAUCUUCAAGGCCAUUGCUCUUCACUUCAACGAGGUUUGGUGGGAAUGGAUUGAGAGGCUGAUGGCCAGAUUGGAACAUAAGCAUUCUGCAGAGGAGCCCGCCUAGGUGUAUUGCUGGUUCGGCUCAUCCCAACGCCGCACAGAGGUUCCCAUCGGGUAGCAGAGCAGUGGUUUCUUUCUCUUUUCUCUUUUCGCUUUUCUAUUUUCCGCCGUGCAGUAUCUUGGUAUGUGGUUGCGAUUAAGGUCAUGGAUACAAAAAGUUGAGACAGAAGAAUGUUGGUUGGUUGUUACCGGCUUGGUUGAAUGGAAUCAUCGAG